AUGAUACCAACACCAUCACUGACUCACCUUACAAAAAAAGACUUCCGAAACAUCUACGAACCGGCAGAAGACUCUUUCAUCCUUCUCGAUGCUCUUGAAGCCGAUGCCUCCCUUUUCUCCUCCCCCUUCACCACCUUGGCUUCUCCAUCCCCCCUUUGCAUCGAAAUAGGUUCAGGAAGUGGCAUCGCCCUUUCUUUCCUCUCUCAAAUCAUCGGCCCCACAUCAGCCUAUUACAUCGGAAUCGACCUGAACCCACACGCUAACACCGCAACCCUCGCUACAGGCCGCGCUAAUGGGGUAUCCAUUGAAGCCAUCCGUACAUCCCUCCUCUCCGGCCUACAGCCCCGGCUGGAUGGGAAAGUAGAUGUACUGUUGUUCAACCCGCCAUAUGUCCCAACAGAGGAGGAGGAAGAGGCGAUGGCGCAGGGAAAAGCAGGGAUUGAGGGCGCUUGGGCGGGCGGUGCGACAGGGACGAAGUUGGUCGAUGAGCUGAUAAGGGGAGGUGUGAUAAAGGAGGUGUUGUCGAAAGGGGGGAGGUUUUAUUUGGUAGCGAUAAAACAGAAUGAUCCGGAAGGGUUGGUGAGGAGAUUAGGGGAACAAGGGUUGGAGGCGGAGGUUGUGUUGAAGAGGAGAGCGGGGGGUGAAUUCUUGCAUGUUGUGCGAGCGAUCAAGGUCUAA